AACUUUUUCUUUGCUACAAACCUAAACAAUCUUGAUUUGUUCAAAAAUGAAAGUGAUUAACAAGCUCAAAUUUCCAAAAAAAUCUCUCAAAAUCAUCAAUCCUAUACCCCAUUUUGAGAAUUUCAAUGAACCCCAUUUCAUAUCUCUAAUCCAUAGUUCCAAAAACACUCUUCAACUUCAACAAAUCCAUGGCCAAAUCAUUCGAAAAAACUUAUCAUCCAAUAGUAGAAUUGUUACUCAGUUGAUAUCUUCAGCUUCUUUACACAAAUCCAUUAACUAUGGUUUGUCAAUUUUUAAUUGUUUUCUUGAUAAAAAUGUGUUCUUGUUCAAUGUUUUGAUUAGAGGGUUAAAGGAGAAUUCUUUAUUUGAGAAGUCCAUUUUGUAUUUUAGGAAAAUGGUUAAAAUGGGUGUUAGACCUGAUAAGCUUACGUAUCCGUUUGUGUUGAAAUCAGUGACGGCAUUAGGUGAAAAGGGAGUUGGUGGGGGUGUUCAUUGUGGGGUUUUGAAGGUGGGUUUGGAGUAUGAUACGUUUGUGAGGGUUUGUUUGGUUGAAUUGUAUGUGAAAGUUGAGUUGGUGGAUUUUGCAUUGCAACUGUUUGAUGAAAGUCCUGAGAGAAAUAAAGUUGAGAGUGUUAUUUUGUGGAAUGUUGUGAUUAAUGGGUGUUGUAAGAUUGGACGGAUGAGUAAUGCGUUGGCGUUGUUUGAGGAAAUGCCUGAGAGGAAUGUGGGUUCUUGGAAUACUUUGAUUAGUGGGUUGUUGAGGAAUGGGGAGGUGGAUAAAGCAAUGGAGCUUUUUGAUGAGAUGCCGAAUGAAAAGAAUGUUGUUUCUUGGACCUGUAUGAUUCAUGGGUUAAUGCUAAAUGGAUUGCACCAAAAGGCUCUGGAUUUGUUUUUUAAGAUGGUGGAAGAAGGGGUGAAGCCGAAUGGUUUAACUGUUGUAUCUGCUCUUUCUGCUUGUGCGAAAACUGGGGCACUAGAGGCAGGGAAAAAGAUUCAUGAUAAUAUUAUGAACAAUGGGCUCCAUUUGAAUGCAGCAGUUGGUAAUGCUUUGCUUGAUAUGUAUGCAAAAUGCGGGUAUAUUGAGUCUGCAAGCCUGGUUUUUAGUGGAUUGAAGGAGAAGGAUAUCCGUACAUGGAGUAUUAUGAUAUGGGGUUGGGCAAUUCAUGGAGAUGUAGAUAAAGCUCUUAGGUGUUUUGAACAGAUGAGAUUGACUGGAAUCAAACCUGAUGGAGUUUCUGUCCUUGCUGUUUUAACCGGAUGCUCUCAUGCUGGACGGGUGGAUCAGGGCCUUCAAAUCUUUGAUAGCAUGCAGCAUGAGUGCUCAAUUGAGCCCACUAUGAAACAUUAUGCUGCAGUAGUAGAUUUACUUGGCAGGGCUGGCCGAUUUGAUGAGGCCCUGAAAUUUAUUGCAAGUAUGCCCUUGGAGCCAGAUUAUGUUAUUUGGGGUGCACUUUUUUCUGCUUGCAGAGCUCACAAGAACAUUGAAAUGGCAAAAGUUGCAUCCGAGAAGCUCCUACAGCUUGAGCCAAAGCAUGCUGGGGGCUAUGUGUUUCUGUCUAAUGUUUAUGCAGGAGCAGGGAGAUGGGAUGACGUAGAAAGAGUUAGAAGUUCAAUGAAGAACAAAAAUGUUGAGAAGGAUCCUGGAUGGAGUUCAAUGGAGGUGGAUGGUCAAUUGCAUACAUUUGUUGCUGGUGAUAGUGCUCAUACACGUAAACAGGAGAUAUACUUGAAAUUGGAGGAAAUCAUUACAGGAGCUAAACAACAAGGUUAUAUGCCUGAAACUGAGUGGGUGCUUCAUAACAUUGAUGAGGAAGAGAAGGAGGGAGCAUUGGGAAGUCAUAGUGAAAAGUUAGCACUUGCUUUUGGGCUCAUUAGUACUGGUCCUGGUGUGAUCAUUAUGAUUGUGAAGAACCUUAGAGUGUGUGGGGACUGCCAUUCUCUAAUGAAGUAUGUCAGCAGGAUGAGUCAAAGGGUGAUUGUGUUAAGAGAUAUAAAGAGAUUCCACCAUUUCAAAGAUGGAGUUUGUUCCUGUAAAGAUUACUGGUGAACUAAUAGCAGGAGUCAAGCAUCCCAUACAUAUCUCGUGUUCAGUGCCAACACUUAUCAAAGAUGGGAUCUUAAAACAGAUGGAUUACAUAUGGAGUGUCUAUCGUGUAGUCCCCUCAGCUCCCCAUGUGCUAAGACAUGAUGUUACAUCAGGGUUUGACAAGACUUUCCUGUUCUCCUCAUCAUCAGCAUGCUUGCCUACUUCUGUAUACUGGAGAGGCUUUUGUUAGAGGUCAUCGCCUCGUCAGCAUUGACGUAGCUCAGUUUUUUGCGAUUGGGCUGAAGUUAAGAAUGUCACUGGUUGCUCCAACUGCUGAAAAUUCACAUAUUCAAGAGAGACAAUAGUCGUAACGGAUGUGGCAUUUGGCAUCAUCAAAAUCUUGGAUAGCAUUUUGUGAAGAUCCAAAUAGUCUCUUCAACCUCCAUGCGUAUGGCAACUUGAAAAACUACAGUAAGGAGUCUAGUCUUCUGUGCCCUUGUCAAGCGGAAGCUGUGUCACCUGUUUAGUAGGACAGGGAACAAAGCAAACCCCAAACUUGCCCGGGACAAUACCACAGUCUGCUAAUGUGAAGAAAUGGACCUCAGCCCUAACUUAACCCCAACAACUAGCUAAUAAAGCGAGGAUAGCCCAAAACCACUGUCAAAUAACCAGGUCUCACACCGAUGAGCAUACUCAAAGACUGGACAUCUGGAGUGUGGACAAUAUAACACGAGGAUCCGACAUUGGAUAAACCAAGAGUUGGACAUGAGGCAGUGAUCAUGUGCUUAGUGAUUUGCAAGUUUGUUACAUUUCUCUUGUUUCUUAUGUGGAAAACAGCUUGGAAAAAUAGAUUCUUAUUGGCAUUUGGUAAA